AUGGUUCUCGAGGCUACUAUGAUUGCAAUCGAUAACUCCGAGUACAUGCGGAACGGAGAUUACCUAACCACCCGCUAUGACGCUCAGCUCACCGCCACGGAGUUCAUUUUCCAGAACAAACUCAACUCCAAUCCAGAAAACACUGUCGGAUUGUUGUCAUACGGCGGCAAUGGCCCACAGGUGUUGUCGACAUUGACCACGGACUUCGGAAAGAUCUUGUCUGGAGCACAUGGCACGAAAAUCGCAGGCGACAAUCAUUUUUCGAGCGGAAUCCAGGUGGCUGCGCUAGCCUUGAAGCAUCGUCAGAACAAGGUCCAGAGCCAGCGUAUUAUUGCGUUUGUGGGUAGCCCUGUGACAGAAUCCGAGAAGGAGUUGGAGAAGUUAGCCAAGAAAAUGAAGAAAAACAAUGUGGCUGUCGACAUUAUAAAUUUCGGUGAAGAGGAUAUCAACACCUCCAAAUUAGAGAAGUUUAACGCUGCUGUCAAUAAUCACGAUAACUCGCAUCUUGUGACGGUGCCUCCAGGACCUCGAUUGUUGUAUGAAGUGAUUGCUACCUCUCCAAUUUUGGUGGAAGAAGGUUUCGAUGUUGGAGACUCUGGCGAUUUCUUCGGUAUGGGAGGCGUGGACGCCAACAUGGAUCCCGAUUUGGCAUUGGCAUUGAGAUUAUCCUUGGAGGAGGAGAAAUUGAGGCAAGAGAGAGAAGCGUCGCAGGCUGCGGUGGGUGACUUGGAUAAGAUCGACGAAGAGGAGGAAAAGAAGGCUGAUAAGUAG